AUGCGCCUCGCCAUUCUGCUAUGUGGCUGUCUGGCUAUAGCGCUUGGGCAUGAAGGCAGCGAUGUCUCCGAGGUUCCGAAGGAUCCUGUUGAGGUGUGUUCGGAGCACGAUGAUGCCGAUGACGCCGCCCUUUUUCAAUCUAUAGGCGGCCCGCCCAUGGCUCGUUUGCCGCGAUCCACGAGCCCUGGAUCCAAGCACCGGAGGAAACACGUCGUUGUCAAGAAGGUCCUGCAAGCUCAUCGUGGGAAGCACAGUCUGCAACGUGCGCAUCAUGGAAUGAUGGUGUCAGGGCCUCCUGUGUGGCGUUGA